AUGGCGAUGAAUACAACUAGUCCAAUGGUGGCCACAUUUUGGAAACCCUGGUACCUAACUUUACUCCCUUUGCCUACUUCUAGACAUUCCUUGGAAAUUGUAAUUCAUGAAAAGAAACGUGAUGAAUGCGUGCGGUUCUUACGUGAAGGUGUAUGUAAAACUGGCGUGCACAAAUGGUUCCAAGGAGAAGGUGUGGAUUAUGAGGUUUCCGAAGAAAGUAAAAAGGCUCGCGAGAAGCAGGAGCACAAGGUGCAAAAGUUGUUUAUGCGCCGGCGAGCGAAUGCUCUGGCUGUUCCUACCAAUGACUCGGCCGUGCGAGCUCAAAGAGAGAUGGAAAGGAGGGAUCGUCUGCGUGCGGUUAUGACCCGGCUCGAUGCUGAUGGAGAGCUCGAGAAGCUUUUGCAAGCGCAGGAAGCUGCCGGCGAUGGCGCUGCCGCAGCGGGAGUGGAAGAUGCUGGAACGAGUGAAGAAAUAUUUCACACCGAGGGGAGUAAUGAGUUAUGGCAAGCUCGCAUGGAGAUUUUGAAGUUCUCUAUGCCCAGAGCUGCUAUGAGAAUCCAGAGAGCCAAAAGGAAGAGAGAGGAUCCUGACGAAGAUGAGAAUGCAGAAACAGACGAAGUUCUGCAAGGUAUGGCUCACACCUCGAUGGAAUGCAGCGAAAUAGGAGAUGAGCGUCCUCUCUCUGGAUUUGCCCUCUCUCCAGACGGAUUCUUAUUGGCCACCAGUAGCUGGAGUGGGCACACUAAGCUCUGGGAAGUGCCCGCAGUAAAGAAAACGGUCGUGCUCAAGGGACAUACUGAGAGAGUAACAGGAGUUGCAUUUCACCCACAGUCUUGCAAGAAUCUUUCUUCUUCUGCUGGAAAUAUUGCUACCGGUUCCGCCGAUUGCAAAGCUAUGUUAUGGAGCCUUGAAGGCACACGCUUGAGAAGUUUCGAGGGACACUUAAAGCGACUUGCGAGGGUUGCUUCCCACCCUGCAGGUCUUUAUUUGGGAACUGCAAGCUUUGAUAAAACUUGGAGGUUGUGGAAUAUCAACACCGGAACGGAAUUGUUACUGCAAGAAGGCCACAGCAGAAGUGUUUAUGGAAUUGCCUUUCAGAAAGAUGGGUCAUUGGCUGCCUCAUGUGGACUAGAUGCCCUAGCUCGAGUGUGGUAUCUGCGAACGGGAAGAAGCAUUCUUGCUCUUGAAGCGAGAGAUUUUAAACCCGUAAAAACACUGGCCGGGCACGAAGGAAAGGUUAUGGAUCUGGACGUAAUGGAAGAUGGACAGUAUAUUGCGACCGUGUCUUCGGAUCGAACCAUAAAACUCUGGUCACAUUUCAAUUCCUAA